CGACCUGAAUCUGGGGUCAGCAUGCGGGGUCUCCGGGUAUCAGAGCGACCCAUCCUUCGAGCCAUUAACCUUCUGCGAACCGGGUAACUUGACGCUGCGUUCGGGUUAGGGGGAGGUCUAUAUAACUCGCCGUCCGUCAUUCAUUCGGAAAGGGGGAAAAGGGGAUCAUCGAGUCGUUUCCUCGACCCUUCUCGAAUCACAUCACAUUCUUCUAUAUCACUCGACGCCAGACAAGCAAAUCGACUCGGACUCGACGAAACUAUACUAUGGACCACACGGAAGAUAAACCCAUCUCCUCCCACAUCGAACACAAGACCGGCUCCGGUGAGGUCGCCCAUCUCGACGACUAUGAACGGCAUUCGACCGAGCAUGAAUACGAUCCGGCGUUCGUCAAGCGGACCAUCAGGAAGCUGGACAUCCGCCUGUUGAUUAUAUUGGGGGCGAUGUAUUCGAUCGCGCUUAUUGAUAGGACGAAUUUGUCUUCGGCACGGGUCGCGGGGAUGAAUGUGGAGUUGGAUCUGAACGUCGGAGAACGAUACUCGAUCGCCACCUUGGUCUUCUUCGUCCCUUACAUCAUCUUCGAAUUCCCCUCCAACAUCCUCCUCAGAAAAAUAGGCGCGCGAAACCUUCUGUCGUCGAUCACCAUCCUCUGGGGAGCAGCUACCCUAGCUAUCGCGUUUGUGAAGAAUUGGCAGAGCCUAGUAGGACUCAGGGUCGUACUGGGGUUCUUUGAGGCGGGGUUUUUCCCCGGGUGUGUUUAUUUGUUGAGUAGUUGGUAUACUCGGUGGAGGACGCAGACUAGGAUCUCGUUGUUCUACCUGAUGAGCAUGUUCAUCAGCGGGCUCUCGCAGAUAUUGGCCUAUGGCUUGAUUCAGAUCCCGAGGGCGGGCAUGGUUCAUACGUGGAGGUGGAUCUUUUUGGUACUCGGCGCCUUCACCAUGGCCCUGGGUGUCCUCUCCAUCUUCCUCAUCAUCGACUUCCCGGACAAGAACACGUUCCUCACGGCCGAGGAGACCGAGAUGGUCAUGACCAUGCUCGACAAGGACAGGGGGGACGCUACACCGGACGUCAUGACCAGGGGCAAGGUGAUCAAGCACAUGACGUGUUGGAGGACGUGGUGUUAUGGACUGUGUUUCAUGAAUUCGACGUUGCCUUCUUAUGCGUUUGCCUACUUUUUGCCUGUCAUUCUCGCCGGUCAAGGAUACUCUCAAGUCGCCGCCCUCUGCCUGUCCGCCCCUCCCUACGCAGCCGCCGCCAUCUACACCUUUUGUAUCGCCAUCUCCUCUGACAAGCUGAGGAAACGAGGACUCUUCGUCUGCGUCAACGCCGUGGUGACCGUCGUCGGGUGUUCGAUCAUCGGGUAUGCGAAGAACAAGGACGUCAGGUAUUUCGGUUGCUUCUUGGCCAUCAUGGGAGCUCAAGCCAACGUCCCCUCGGUGCUGGCCUUCCAAGCCAACAACACUGUCACGCACACCAAGAAGUCGGUCUCCUCCGCCAUCGUCAUCGGUAUGGGAGGAGUCGGUGGAAUCAUGGCUUCUACCGUGUACCGUCAAGCCGAUUUCCCUCGUUACAUUCCUGGGUUAUGGGCGACCAUCGGUGCGCAACUCUUUACGAUCGUCCUGGUCGGCAUCUUGACCGUAUUCAACGGCCGUUUCAACCGGAGACUCGACAAGGGCGAGGUCCCGCCCAUCCAGGGGAUCGAGGGGUUCAGAUACUCUAUCUGA